UUCUUCUCUCUUUCUCAUUGUUCUCAAUAUCUCUCUCUUUCUUGCUCUCUUUAGAUCUCUCUUUUUUACCUUUCUUCCAAAAUGGCAACCUUCUCUUACAACCCCAUUAACAUUCUCAAUGGAGAGAUCACUAGUAACAACACUACAUCCUCCUUUCUAGACCUCAUUAAUGGAACAACCAAUGACACUAAUUGUAUUUCCUUUGAUAGCACCACCACCACCACCAUUAAUGCCUCCAUGGAGAACAAGAUCAUCAAGGACAAGAAGAAGAAGAAGAAGAAGAGAAAACACAUAGAUGAUACUACUUCUUGUUUCAACUCUCUCCCUGAGGACAUUAAGGAGGCUAAUUACAAGGAAGGAGAUCAUCAGAAGAAGGCUAAAGCUAAUGAUCAAGAAGGCUUUGUUCAUGUGAGAGCAAGGAGAGGUCAAGCAACAGACAGCCACAGCCUUGCAGAAAGAGUGAGAAGGGAAAAGAUAAGUGAGAGGAUGAAGCUUCUCCAAGGCCUUGUUCCUGGUUGUGAUAAGGUCAUUGGUAAAGCUCUCAUGUUGGAUGAAAUCAUUAACUAUGUUCAGUCCUUGCAGCAUCAAGUUGAGUUUCUCUCCAUGAAGUUAAUAGCAACAAUGAACCCCAUGAACAACUUCAAUAUGGAUCCAUAUGCAAGCUAUAUGAUCACUCAUCAUGAAGAGUUACUGGUGCACCAACCCAAUCACACACAACCCACAGCUUUUCAAGACACAACAAACAGCUACAGAAUGAUUCAGUGUCCCACUGCCUUCCUUGAUCUGCAGGAUAAUGGUGGCUAUAUGAUGCAAAUGGGUGGAGUGUUAGUGAACAAUAUGUGCUCUCUCAACUAAGAAGAAGAUUUCAGUGCUCUUCUUGCUUGCUUAAUUUGAAGAAUGAAACAAGUUGAGAAUUAAUGUUGAAGACAAGGACAAAUAAAUACCAUAAUAUGGUGUAUGGAUUCUUGCACAAAAUCCAAGGCAAUGUUCAGCAUCUUGUUUUAGAGGGAGAGAGAAGGGGAGAGAUGGAAGGGGCCCCUAUAAUGUUGUACUGUAUGGAGGCUGAUGUGACUAGCCAAUGCAGUUGUGUUUCAAUGUCACUUCCAUUUUAGUUUUAUGAGUUUUGAAAGGCAUCUUUCUAUGUAAUUUUUUAUGUUAUAUAUAUACUUUUACUGUUAGUUAUAAGUUGUUACCAUUGUGGCUGAA